AUGGCGGCGCGCGCCCUAUACGGCGGCUGGCCGGCCACCGACGGCCAGCGGACACCGCUCGCCGGCGCGGAGGUCCUCGUCGCCUCGAAACUACCACUCAAACCGCCGAGGUUACUGCACUACCCUUCGCGCGAUCUCUAUCCGCUCCGGCCCUGGCUCCGGCACCACGGCAUCGCCGAGGACGCCGCGCGGCGAGUGAUCUGUACGUUGGAGCUUUUGCGGCCCGACCAGUGGCUGAACGCGUCCGUGGAGCUACUGGUGCGCGUCGUCGACGCUGAGCCGCCGAUGGACGGACCCGGCGAGCAGCCCGAAUUGUACUGCAAACCCAAGAAGGGGCGCGGCGCGCGUAGCUGAGUGGAAAUCAAAUUUCGGGCGCCCCAUGCCAUCGGCGCGACGUGCUUCCGUAGCUGCGUCUGCUCGACGGCGUGGCGAUGCCACGCCAUCGACGCGACGUUAUCACCGUGGCCGCGUCGGCUCGAUGGCGUGGAGGCUCACGAAGAUCCAAACCUAACUCAAUGGUUGAUUUCCACACAGGCGUCUAGCCCGGGGCACUCGCGCUACGAGGCUCUACGCGGCUCGGAUAAAGGAACGGUCGACAAAUUAUUUGCCGCCCUGCGUGGGGCGCGCGACGCGCUGCGCCGGAAACUUACGCCCGCGGGCGCGGUCCGGAACGCGGCGUGGUGGUCGGGCAAAGCAAUUUACGUCGGCGGGCGCUCGCCGAUGGAGCGGAUGCCGGGGCUACCCGACGAGAUUCUGCGACACGUCUGCGACUUCCUCGCCGCGGCGCCUGCCGCCGACCGCGAGGCGGACGAGAGCCUGGCGGCGUCGGGGCAAUUCCGCGCUGACUGGGACUCGUCACCGGUCUCCUCGUAUCCAGACAUCAGCGACGAGGCGGUGCCCAGCUUCGAGGAGAUGAACGACAUGGGAGCCGAGUUUGACUCCAUAUAUGAAAGUAUAACGUUCGGCCUCGCGAGUUCCAGGGCGCGCCUCGCCGCUGCGUUAUGCCUCCGCCGCGUCUCCUCGGCCUGGUCUCGUGCGCUGCUAAAGCGCAUGGCAUCUCUCAAGGGACGCGUCGACCGGCUUGCGUCUGAGAAGAGGACUUUGGCGGGCAUCAAGCGAACGGCGCAUGACAUCUAUCGGACGCAUUACUCCGACGAAUACUACGACGACUUCGCCAAUUACUGA